UGAAGAGUAGAGAACAUCCUGAGAUUUAAUUCUUUCAGCGCAGCAUUUUGAACACGAUGACACCUCUGACAAUUGCUUUGUAUCUGACUUGUUUGUUCUUUGGGACUUUAGCUCAGAUGAAUGAUCUGAAAUCACCCAAGUAUGUGCGUCAAGAGAAGACUUUUUAUUCAGUGAAUGUUGGUGAAGACGUGACUUUGGAAUGUUUCUAUGAAGAUGAUGCUGCAGUGAUGUUUUACUACUGGUAUAAACAAACUCUGGGACAGAAACCAAAGCUGAUGUCUAAAUUCUAUAAACAUGACAAAAAUGGCAAUUUUCAAGGUGAAUUUAAGAACUAUCCACGCUUAGAACUGGAAGCUAGCCCUGGUAAAAAUCACUUGAAGAUCUCAGAUGUGCAAAUUUCAGACUCGGCUACUUACUACUGCGUAGCUGGCUAUUCAUACAAGUUAGAAUUUUUGGAGGGCACUACUCUCAAUGUAAAGGGUUCAGGUUUAAACAUCCAAGCUUCGGUCCAUCAGUCGGAAUCUGAGAGCAUCCAGCCAGGAGGCUCUGUGACUCUGAACUGUACAGUACACACUGGGACCUGUGAUGAUGGAGAACACAGUGUUUACUGGUUCAAAAACUCUCAAGAAUCUCAUCCAGGAAUCAUUUACACACAUGGAGGCAGGAAUGAUCAGUGUGAGAGGAACAACAACACACAAACACACACCUGUGUCUACAACUUGCCAAUGAAGAGUGUGAAUCUUUCUCAUACUGGGACCUACUACUGCGCUGUCACCUCAUGUGGACAGAUAGUGUUUGGAAACGGGACCAAGAUGGACAUUGGCAAUGAAGUGGACUUUGUCUUGGUCUACUUCUUGUUUGGAGCUUUAGCAUUCUCCACCAUCCUGAUUGUUUUCCUGGCAUAUGCAGCAUAUACAAUGAACAAAAACUGCUGCCAACGUACAGAGUCUCAAGAAAGAUCUCCAGUGGACUCGACUCCAGAUCCAGAGAGUUACAGAGAUACAGACGACCUCCAUUACGCUGCUUUAAGGGAGAACAAGGUCGGCAGGUCAAGAAGACAGAGGAACGACACUGGGACUGAGUGUGUUUACUCCAGUGUGAAGCAAUAA